UCUCACUGAGCUGGGCUCUCUCUGCUCCCCGGGGUUAUCUCUGCUCCAUGGCCGAGGUUCGGAGGUUCACCAAGCGGCUCAGUAAACCGGGCACGGCCGCCGAGCUGCGGCAGAGCGCGUCCGAGGCUGUUCGUAACUCCCUGCUGGCGGAAAAGACAAAAGUUGUUGAGCCAUUGGAUUAUGAGAAUGUCAUUGUGCAACGGAAAGCACAAAUUCAAAGUGAUCCUCUGCGGGAUCUUCUGCAAUUCCCAUUGGAUGAGGUCUCGGUCUCUAUAAUUCCACGCCAUAGAAGAACCAUCCAGUCUACACUGCCUUCAGAUGCUGAAAAACUGGCACAAAGCUUGCUGGUUAAAGAGUGCAUCAGGACCUAUAAUUCAGACUGGCACCUGGUAAACUACAAAUAUGAAGCUUAUGCAGGGGAUUUCAGAACGUUGCCUAGCAAAGUACAUCAGCCAGAAAAGCUGCCUGUACAGCAGUUUGAAGUUGAUGAAGAUGUGGAUAAAGAUGAGGACGCUGCAUCGAUUUGCUCACAGACAGGAGGAAAUAUUAAGGAAGGCUGGCUGUACAAAGCCAACAUGAACAGCACCAUUAGUGUUACAAUGAGGGUAUUCAAGAGGAGAUUCUGUUACCUGACCCAACUUUCUGAUAGCUCCUACAUACUUCAUUUUUGUAAAGAUGAGAAAGUCUGUAAGGAGUCCAAAGGAUCUAUUUUCUUGGAUUCUUGCAUUGAUGUUGUACAGUGUUCAAAGAUGCGCCGUUAUGGCUUUGAACUGCGAAUGCAGGAGAAAUGCAGCUGUCACUUGGCAGCAGAGAGCGAGCAGGAGAUGGAAGAGUGGAUAAUGACUCUGAAGAAGAUCAUUCAGAGUAAUGUUGACAGUGUGCUGUCUGAGAAACGGAAUGGCGAAUCCUCUGAAGCUGGACUUGAUGAAGAGUCCUUCAGCCAAGGGAAGUCUGAAAGCAUGAUGGAGAGUUUAGAGAAAAGUAUGCACCCUGAGUUAAUGAAGUAUGCCAGAGAAUCGGAUUACCUCAACAAAGCCAGCAGAAAUGAAGGCAGGUGCAAGUUGUUUGCGAUGGAUCCAGAGGCACAGAAACUGGAUUUUUCAGGAAUUGAGCCAGAUGUGAGGCCAUUUGAGGAAAAGUUUGGCAAGCGCUUUAUGGCAAAAUGCAACGAUUUGACAUUCACUCUUCAAGGCUGUGUGAAUGAGCAGGCAGAUGGCACACUGACAAAUGUUGAACCUUUCUUUGUGACCCUCGCACUGUUUGACACAAAAAAUAACCGCAAAAUCUCAGAAGAUUUUCAUGUGGACUUGAAUCCUCCGACUGUUCGGCAGAUGUUACUGGGAAGCUUGGAAGGUGGAGCUGGAAAUGGGGCAACAAGUGCAAACUUUCUCACUGGUAAAGACAGUCGCCUUAAAGGAGUAGCUGAGAGAUUCCUUCGUUACCCAAAACAGGGGAUCUUUUCAGUGACUGCCCCUCACCCAGAUAUCUUUCUGGUCAUGCGAGUGGAGAAAGUGUUGCAAGGAGGGAUUGCUCAAUGUGCUGAACCCUAUAUAAAAAGUUCUGAUACAAACAAGGCUGCUCAGAAAGUGCUUAAAGCUGCAAAGCAAGUAUGCAGCAGACUUGGAGGAUACAAAAUGGCCUUUGCUUGGGCUGCAAGACCUGUGUUUAAAGACACUGAAGGCUCCAUUGAUACAAGUGCAAAGUUCUCGCCUUUUUACAAACAGGACAGCAACAAACUAUCGAAUGAAGAUCUACUGAAAAUGCUAGCAGACUUCAGAAAGGCAGAGAAGAUGUCUAAACUUCAGGUCAUUCCAGGAAAUUUCAACGUUACUAUUGAAUGUGUUCCUCCGGACAUUUCCAAUUGUGUAACAUCGUCCUACACCCCUGUGAAACCGUUUGAGGAGAGCGGCUACAGCUGUGUAUCAUUUGAAGUUGAAGAAUUUGUUCCAGAUGUCGCAAAAUACAUGUACCCUUUCACAAGCUUCAAGAAUCAUAUGUACGUUUACCCCCUUCAGCUGAAAUAUGACAACCAGAAGACUUUUGCUAAGGCGAGGAACAUUGCAGUCUAUGUGGAGGUCAGGGAUUCUGAUGGAGAAAAAUCACGUCCAUUGAAGUGUAUCUAUGGGAAGCCAGGAGACCACGUGUUCACGACCAAGGCUUGUGCAACAGUUUUGCAUCAUCAGCAGUGUCCUGAAUUCUAUAACGAGAUUAAAAUUGAGCUGCCUGUACAUCUCCAUGAGAAGCAUCACCUACUGUUCACAUUUUACCACAUCAGCUGUGACAUAAACACCAAAGGCACAACCAAGAAACCUGAAAAUAUUGAGUCACAGGUCGGUUAUGCUUGGCAGCCAUUGAUAAAAGAUGGUAGAGUCGUUACAUCUGAGCAGCAGUUGCCUGUAUCAUCUAACCUACCUCCAGGGUAUCUGGGCCAUCAUGAUUCAGACAACAAGAAGCAUACAAUUCCUGACAUUAAGUGGGUAGAUGGAGGAAAGCCUUUACUGAAAGUUAAAAAUCACUUGGUAUCCACAAUUUAUACUGAGGACCAGUACUUGCACAGUUUCUUCCACCAUUGUCAGAUGAGUCAGUCGGCAACACAGGAAAUUGCUGGUGACCUUGUGAAACACCUGAAGUGUUUGCAUGCCAUGGACACCUGUGUGAUGGUCAACUUCCUUCCAACAAUCCUAAACCAGCUACUCACAAUCCUCACCAAAACCAGCCAGAGUGAAGUUGCAGUGAAUUCUACCAGGGUGAUAAUACAUAUUGUGUCUAGAUGUCACGAAGAGGGUCUGGACCACUAUUUGCGAUCGUAUAUUAAGUAUGUUUUCAGGUUGGGCCAAUACAUGAUCUCAGAAAACAAGACGACACACGAAGAGCUCGCCAGGUCUAUCAUUACGAUCCUGAAACAAUCUGCGGAUUUUCUCACCAUCAAUAAAUUGCUGAAGCAUUCCUGGUUUUUCUUUGAACUGUUGAUCAAGUCCAUGGCCCAGUAUCUGAUUGAGAAGAACAAGAUGAAGCUCCCCAGAGCCCAGAGAUUCCCAGAUUGCUACCAGCACGCUGUGCACUCACUGCUCCUUGCAAUAAUUCCUCACGUUAACCUGCGGAAUGCAGAAAUUCCUGAGGAAUCCAGAAGUGUGAACAUCAGCUGGGCUCAUUUCAUGAAGCGGAGUUUAACACUGAUGAACCGAGGGUUUAUCUUCAACCUAAUAAAUGACUACAUCAGCUGUUUCUCACCCAAAGACCCAAAGGCACUCACUGAAUACAAACUGGACUUCCUGCAGAUAGUCUGCAAUCACGAGCACUUCAUCCCUCUGAAUUUGCCGAUUUCCUUUGCGAAGAACAGACUUCUUCGGAUCCAAGAUCUGCAGUUGGAGUGCACGCUCUCUGAUGACUUCUGCAAGAAUCAUUUCCUGGUCGGACUUCUCCUGAGGGAAUUAGCUGCUGCACUGAAUGAAUCACGGGACAUUCGGCACGGAGCUAUUGCUAUUGUCAAGAGUCUGAUGAUAAAACAUGCAUCUGAUGAUCGAUACCUACACAAGAAUAUGCAAGCAAGGAUAACCCUGCUGUAUCUGCCAUUGCUGAAACUGUUGUUUGAAAAUGUACAGCGGCUGAUUGUAAAGGAUCUGUCUACUUUCAGCAUGAACUUCUCGAACAGUUGUGUUCGAGAUGACCUGACCUUUAACUUCUCACCAGCAAGUGGCACUUCAACCUCACGCAAGUCAGGCAGCUUUAUCGACAAGGAAGUCCUUUCAGGUUAUGGUGCAUCUUGUGUUCCAGGCCUGAAGCGUGAUGAUUCCAGAGGCUCCUUGAGCAUUGAGUUUAAUACGUACACAUCUGAGAGGGCUGAUGAAAGACGGAAUUCCGUUGACUAUAGUCACCAAAGAAGGAGCUCAACUGAAAGCAGCAUAUCCCAAUACAGCAAGCUGGAUCAGUAUGAAGCCAGAAGUCUCCUUAUGUGCUUCCUUCACAUUGUUAAAACUAUCUCGGAAGAUGCUCUGCUGGCAUACUGGAACAAAAUGUCCUCUCAAGAAUUAAUAGAUUACCUCACAAUUUUGGAGGUGUGUCUUCAUCAGUUCAGAUACAUGGGCCGGAGAUACAUAGUAAGGACUCAAGAAGGAUCAGGCUCCAAACACUCUGUGGCUGAAAGGAGGUCCCAGACAAUGCCAGCUCUUCGGAGCCGAGCAGGAGCGAUGCAUGCCCGACUGCAGCAGAUUGGCCAUGUAGACAGCUCAUUCACCCUUAACCACAAUUUCGGAACAGGUGAAGCAGACAUUAGCCACCAGUCCUUGCUGGAAGGUAACUUGGCCACUGAAGUGUGUCUCACGGUUUUGGACACAGUGUCAUACUUCAUUCAAAAUUUCAAGAACCAACUUCUUGAAGAUGAUGGGCACAACCCUCUGAUGAAGAAAGUGUUUGACAUCCUCCUCUUACUGACGAACGGUCAGUCUGAGACAGCCAUGAAGCAUGCAUUUGCAUCUUUACGAGCCUUCAUCAGCAAGUUCCCAGCAACGUUUUUUAAAGGACGGGACAGUAUCUGCGCCACCUUCUGCUACGAAAUCCUGAAAGGUUGCACCUCGAAACUGAGCUCAACUCGAAGCGAGGCCUCUGCACUCCUCUACUUGCUGAUGAGGAACAACUUUGAGUACACCAAGAAGAGGAGCUUCCUGAGAACCCACCUACAGAUUAUAAUUGCAGUAAGCCGGCUGAUAGCUGACGUGGUUCUAACUGGAGAGUCUCGGUUCCAGGACUCGCUCUCAAUUAUCAAUAACUUUGCCAAUAGUGACAGGGCUCUGAAGGCAACUGCUUUCCCAGGUGAGGUGAAAGAUCUGACUAAGAGAAUUCGCACGGUAUUUAUGGCCACUGCUCAGAUGAAGGAGCAUGAGAAGGACCCCGAAAUGCUGGUGGACCUUCAGUACAGUUUAGCCAAGUCGUAUGCCAGCACACCUGAACUCAGGAAGACUUGGCUUGGCAGCAUGGCGAAAAUUCACUUGAAAAAUGGAGACCUGUCUGAAGCAGUGAUGUGUUAUGUUCAUGUGGCAGCCCUGAUUGCAGAAUACCUUUACAGAAAGAAAUUGUUUCCCAAAGGCUGUGCAGCUUUCAAAGCAAUCACUCCCAACAUUGAGGAAGAAGCUGCAAUGAAAGAGGAUGCAGGAAUGCAGGAUGUCCACUACACUGAGGAUGUGCUUGUGGAGCUAUUGGAGAAGUGUGCAGACGGGCUGUGGAAUGCAGAACGCUAUGAGUUAAUGGCAGUGAUUUACAAGUUCAUCAUUCCUAUCUAUGAGAAACGGAGAGAAUUUGAGAAACUUGCUUUCAUAUAUAACACACUGAAUGAAGCUUAUAAGAAAAUAAUUCAUGUCCUUCACACGGGGCGGAGACUGCUGGGAACAUUUUUCCGAGUAGCUUUUUAUGGUCAGAGUUUCUUUGAAGAGGAAGAUGGAAAAGAAUACAUCUACAAGGAGCCCAAGCUGACCAGGCUGCCUGAAAUAUCUGAGAGACUUCUCAAACUAUACAGUGACAAGUUUGGAGCUGAGAAUGUGAAAAUCAUCCAGGAUUCUAACAAGGUAAAUGCAAAAAAUCUGGACCAGAAAUUUGCAUAUAUUCAGGUAACUUUUGUAAAUCCUUACUUUGAUGAAAAAGAAUUGCCUGAAAGGAAGACACAUUUUGAAAGAAACCACAACAUCACACGAUUCGUUUUUGAGACCCCGUACACAUUAUCUGGGAAGAAGCAAGGAGGAAUCGAGGAGCAAUGCAAAAGGCGAACGAUUCUAACAACAACACAUUCCUUCCCAUACGUGAAGAAGAGGAUUGCAGUUAUGUAUGAGCACCAGGUCGAACUGAAGCCCAUCGACGUUGCCAUCGAUGAAAUGGAUGACCGAACAGCUGAGCUGCAAAAGCUGUGCACCUCGAAUGGUCUGGACAUGAUCCAACUUCAGCUCAAACUCCAAGGCUGUGUAUCUGUGCAGGUAAAUGCUGGCCCACUGGCCUAUGCAAGAGCGUUCCUGGAUGGCAAUAAAUCGAGCAAGCAUCCAACCAAGAAAGUGAAGCGACUGAAGGAAAUAUUUCGGGAGUUUGUUUCAGCCUGUAGCCUGGCUCUGGAUUUAAAUGAGAAGCUGAUCAAGGAGGAUCAGGUGGAGUAUCACGAAGGGUUAAAGGCAAACUUCAAAGACAUGGUGAAGGAAUUGUCUGACAUCACUCACGAGCAGAUGUUGAUAGAAGACGAUUUGGUGAAGUCCCAGCUGAGGAGUUCGUUGCAUGUUUUCAGCGCCAUUAGUGGGACUGCCAGAGCUCCCUCUGCCUUCCCCUCAACACUUUGAACAGCUCAUGCUGGCAUGUGUCGGGGGGGUGGUGGGGAGCAAUGUGAACAUUUGUUUUUAACUGGUUCUCAGGAAGGUUUAUUUAUCUGUGGGGAGUGGGAGAACUGUCAGCACUGGUUGAUGGCUAUCGCAACGCAGGAGAACUGACUCCGUUCAGCCGUGCUGAGGAAGACGGUCUGAUUACAGCAACUGUUCAACUUUCUCCUGGAGGAAGCUUAUUCUCACAGUCACAUUCGGGAAAAAAACGCUCCUUUGUCGAUACACCUGAGGCUUACAUUCUAAAGAGUAUUAUUAUUAUCAGCAUGGCUGCCUAUGCAGAGACGUGAUGCACAGACUACUGGAUUUGAAAAAUAUUGAUGUCAAAAGCAAAGUAUUGUUUUCACAAAUGAGAUGUUAAAACUACUUCAGUAUUUCCAAUUCAUCCCCAAUUGUUUAAGAGUGUAUAAAAUAGGAACAGAUCAUCUUAACUCUAUGCAUCAGAUUGUCAUCUCAAAGUGUUGUACAUUUAAAUUGUAACUACAAGUAGUGUUACACUGUGACAGGUAGUAUACAAAAAAACCUUAAAUAUAUUGGACAUUUUUUUCAAA